AUGGGUGGCGGUAAGGAGAACUCUUCUGGCGGCAAGGUAGGGCCCGACGGCGCGAAGAAGCAACAAAGUCAUUCAUCAAGAGCUGGAUUAAUAUUCCCAUGUGGCAGAGUCAAACGUUUCCUAAAGAGUACCUCCCAAAAUAAGAUGCGAGUAGGGGCCAAAGCUGCUGUAUACAUUACGGCUGUUCUUGAAUAUCUGAUAGCAGAAGUACUGGAGCUUGCUGGGAACGCUGCUAAAGACCUUAAAGUCAAACGCAUCACGCCUCGACACCUUCAACUAGCUAUUAGGGGCGACGAAGAGCUUGAUGACCUUAUCCGUGCCACUAUAGCUUCUGGUGGAGUCUUACCUCAUAUCAAUCGUGCACUCCUAGUGAAAGUUGAGGAGAGGAAAAAGAAAAAAUUAGUAGAAAGUUAA